GUCACGCAACGGGAAUACGACCACCACACAGAUGAGAGGUAAGUCAUGAGCCAACGCAGACCUACCUACCUUUUACACGUUAUAUUAGACAGCUACGUACACAUCAACACGCGAGGGGUUAUGCAAGGGAACGCCAAUUGAAAUACAGGAAUCGAGGUACACGGACUUUGGAUUUGAUCAGUGGAAGUUAUUAUCAAAUAUUAAAAAAUGAGUAACCACUUAAUACCGGAUGUGAUAAAAAAUGUUAUAGAAGACCGAAGUAAGAAAGAUUGCAUUUCGAAUGCACCCAACUUCUACAUGAACCCAGCAUUUAUACCUGGAGUAUUAAGAAUAGCCCUAGAUCAUUACGGUAAAGCUACUAAUGAAGUCCCUCCGCCCGCACAAGACUACCACACAAUACUUUCUGGUUUAUCUAAUUUUAAAGAAUGGACUCCUGAGAUUUAUUGGUAUUUGUGGAAAUUAUUACUCUAUAUUGAAUAUUCUCAAUCGAUUGAAGAUAUGAAACAGUACUCUUUGAAAAAUCAAACAAUUAGUGAAUCGAAAUAUCAAGCUGGAUCUUUUAUAAUUCCUGUUAAAAAUUUAUCUGAAGAUAGACCAUCGAUCAAAGAAAAUGAUAAGAUUGAUUUACUUCAGGUAAAUGGUAAAAAUCAUUGUGUUGGUACUGUGUCUUGGGUUGGUAAAGAUUAUGUUGUUGUUGAAGCAACCGCAGCGUUUGCGAAUAAAUUUACAACGGAUCAAAUAUUCAAUGUUGAAUUCAGAUGUGAUACACGAACGUUAACAUGUCUAAAUUAUGCUCUUAACAAGGUAUAUCAAAAUAGAAUGGUUUCAAUGUUUUUUCCUCAGAAGAAUGUAGACAUAACUGAAUCCAAAGAUAUUGACAUAAAUUGGAUCAAUAAAAAUAUUGAAACAAAUCCUGAACAAAUGCAAGCAGUGAAAAACAUAUUAAAAAAAACAUCACAUCCAGCCCCUUACAUUGUUUUUGGCCCACCUGGUACAGGGAAGACAUCGACGCUUGUUGAAACUAUUUGUCAGAUUAUGAUACGAAAUCCAUCAAAUAGAAUUCUUAUAUGUACUUCAUCAAAUUCUGCUGCUGACGAGAUUGUUGAAAGAUUAAUAAAUCAAUUCUCUUCAGUAGAUGAUACAAUUUUCCGUAUGUAUGGUGCAUCAAGAAAAAGUACAGAAAUAAAACUACAAUUGAAAACAGUUUCUAAUUUUGCUGAUACUACAACAAUCUCUCUAGCCGAAGAAGUAUUCUUAACUAAAAAAAUAGUAGUCACAACUCUUAUGACAUGUACUCGUCUUCACGCUUAUAAGUUAAGAGCAGAUCAUUUUUCUUAUUUAUUUAUUGAUGAAGCUGGUCAAGCUUCAGAGAUAGAAACUCUUAUUCCUUUUGUUUUAAUGAGCAGCAUGGAUACUAAUAAUCAAUGUCGCAUUAGCGGACAAGUAGUUAUAGCUGGUGAUCCUAAACAACUUGGUCCAUUUUGUCAGUCGACAUUAGCAGAACCUUUGCUUUCAAGGUCUAUGUUAGAAAGGUUGAUGGAAUGUGGACCGUACUUAAGGAAUGAAAAUAAUCAGAAAUAUGAUUCACUGUAUGUCACCAAAUUAGUACAGAAUUAUCGUUGUCAUCAUUCUAUUCUCCAUGUACCUAAUAUUUUAUUUUACGAUGGGGAGUUGAUCGCUAAAAGUGGUAAGCGUACAACCAAAGCACUGAAUUGGUCCAAGUUACCAAGGAAAGGUUUUCCUAUAAUAUUUCAUGCUAUACGAGGUAAGGAAUCUCGUAUAAAAGAUUCUCCAAGUGUAUGUAAUCACGCGGAGGUUAAUAUUGUUAUUGAAUAUAUUAAUGAAUUACGGAAUUCAAAACAUGGUGAAAUAAGUGUUAACUUGAAUGAUAUUGGAGUAGUUACUCCAUAUAGACUUCAAAGAACUAUGAUACAUCAAGCAUUGCAAAAUAAAAAUCUAGAAGAAAUAUCUGUAGGCACUGUUGAAGCAUUUCAAGGUAAAGAAAAAGAUGUCAUCAUUAUCUCGACAGUACGUACGUGUGUAUACACAAGGGAUAAUGAAUACUUUAUCGGAUUUCUUUCUCAUCCUAAACGAUUCAAUGUUGCAUUAACGAGAGCCAAAUCACUGUUAAUCGUCAUUGGACAUCCUGAUGUUUUGCAACAGGAUCAUAACUGGCGGACCUUUAUAGAGUAUUGUUUCGAUAAUAAAGCUUGUAAGGGGGAGCAAUUUACUUUAAAUCCAUCCGUUCAUGAUUUACAAAUCCGUCAAUUUGGAAGAAGUUUUAGAAAAAAUAAAUAUAAUUAUGAACGAUACAAUAAUGAUCAAGAUCAAUAUUCUGUUAUUGAAGAUGAAAAUUCAUGUCUAAAUCGUGAAGAUACAUUUAAUAAAAAUCGACGAAGACGACUACCAAUCGGUCCUCUCCCAAAAGAAAUAAUUGACUCUGAAAAUGCAAUAAAGAUGUUUUUAAGAGAUUGGCAAAAUAAUGAACUUCAUAAAAAAGAAUAUUCAAACUGGGCAGAUUUUGAUGUAUGGUCUGAUCAGUCACAGGAUUCGACGGACGAAGAUGAAAAACAUGAUGAUGAUGAUGAUGAAUCAUGGGAAUCUGAUUCAAGUUUAGAAGUGGAUAAUUUCUCCGAUAAUUAUUUCAAAAAUUUGUUGAUUGAUGAGAAAGAGUUUGAAUCAGAACUUAAUACACGUAUGGCUAAACUAAAACUGGGUUAAUAAAUAUUAUCCAAUUUCGUUAGUAUCAUUCUUGUUCAAUAUUACAGGCAAUUAACUUAAGAGUUACAAAUUCAAUCAAAGAUAGAAAAUAUUUUUUAUUGUUUGAUAAUAAAUCUUUUAUUUUAUAACGACCAAUAA